UCGGAGGUUGGCGGGGGAGCCUGAGCAACCCUCCUCUCCCCCUUCUACGUCAUAGCUCUCACUCGGCUACCGCGCUUUUCCAAGUGCGGAUUAGCGCGAUAUGCUAUUCGUUGCUGUUCUUUCUUGGGGCGAGGCCAUGGCUCGAAUCAGCAGCGACUGCGUGGCAAAAUUAUGGUUCACCGACUCGGCGAGUCACCUACCGUGUCUUAAAGUUUCGGAACUCACGGCUCUUAACAUAAAUGCUGUUUUCACUCGUACGGAACCGUCCGUCCUCAGAAUCAGGGCAGCUGGUUACCGUCCAGCUCCAGAAUUCCGGCUGAUUUCUCUCUCCAAGGUAAGUAAUCGCGGUUCAAUACCGAGUCAGGAGGUAGGUAUUGGUGCAAUCCUGGUUUCAUUGUCAUUCCGUCCACAGCAGCAUCCUCACACAUGAUCACCAGUACUACCCAAAGACAGCAAAUAUAUGAGACUCGCUCAAUACAAGGAGCAGCCUGGUACACAAACACCUCGAGCGUUUGUUUUUUCCCCCG